AUGGAGGGCGCAGGGCCUCGGGGGGCCGGGCCGGCGCGGCGCCCAGGACCCCGAGGUCCGCCGUCGCCGCCGCCGCCGCCGCUGCUGCUGCUGCUCUGGCUGCUCUGGGGCCCCGCGGCGUGCCAGGAGUUGAACCCGCGAGGCCGCAACGUGUGCCGCGCGCCCGGUUCCCAGGUGCCCACGUGCUGCGCUGGCUGGAAGCAGCGGGGGGACGAGUGUGGGAUCGCGGUGUGUGAGGGCAACUCUACGUGCUCAGAGAACGAAGUGUGUGUGCGGCCCGGCGAGUGCCGCUGCCGUCACGGCUACUUCGGUGCCAACUGCGACACUAAGUGCCCGCGUCAGUUCUGGGGCCCCGACUGCAAGGAGAGGUGCAGUUGCCACCCGCACGGACAGUGUGAGGACGUGACGGGUCAGUGUACGUGUCACGCGCGCCGCUGGGGCGCGCACUGCGAGCACGCGUGCCAGUGCCAGCAUGGCACAUGCCACCCGCGGAGCGGCGCGUGCCGCUGCGAGCCGGGCUGGUGGGGUGCGCAGUGCGCCAGCGCGUGCUUCUGCAGCACCACGUCGCGCUGCGACCCGCAGACGGGCGCCUGCCUGUGCCACGCGGGCUGGUGGGGCCGCAGCUGCAACAACCAAUGCGCCUGCAACUCCUCGCCCUGCGAGCAGCAGAGCGGCCGCUGCCAGUGCCGCGAGCGAACCUUCGGCGCGCGCUGCGACCGCUACUGCCAGUGCUUCCGCGGUCGCUGCCACCCGGUGGACGGCACGUGCGCCUGCGAGCCCGGCUACCGCGGCAAGUACUGUCGCGAACCGUGCCCCGCCGGCUUCUACGGCCUGGGCUGUCGCCGUCGGUGCGGUCAGUGCAAGGGUCAGCAGCCCUGCACCGUAGCCGAGGGCCGCUGCCUGACGUGCGAAUCCGGCUGGAACGGAACCAAAUGCGACCAGCCCUGCGCCUCUGGUUUCUAUGGCGAGGGGUGCAGUCAUCGCUGCCCGCCCUGCCGCGACGGGCACGCCUGCAACCACGUCACGGGCAAGUGCACGCGCUGCAACGCGGGCUGGAUCGGCGACCGGUGCGAGACCAAGUGCAGCAAUGGCACUUACGGAGAGGACUGUGCCUUCGUGUGUGCGGACUGUGCCAGCGGCCACUGCGACUUCCAGUCGGGGCGCUGCCUUUGCAGCCCUGGCGUCCACGGGCCUCACUGUAACAUAACGUGCCCUCCCGGGCUCUACGGCGUGGACUGCGCCAAGGCUUGCAGCUGCCACGAGGAUGCGUGUGACCCGGUCACCGGUGCCUGCCGCCUGGAGACCAACCAGCGCAAAGGGGUGAUGGGCGCGGGCGCGCUGCUGACCCUGCUACUCGGCCUGCUGCUGUCGCUGCUCGGCUGCUGCUGCGCCUGCCGCGGCAAGGACCCCGCCCACGGGCCCCGCCCCCUCAGGGAGCUCUCGCUUGGAAGGAAGAAAGCGCCGCAGCGUCUUUGUGGGCGCUUCAGCCGCAUCAGCAUGAAGCUUCCCCGGAUCCCGCUCCGCAGACAGAAGCUGCCCAAAGUCGUAGUGGCCCAUCAUGACCUGGACAACACACUCAACUGCAGCUUCCUGGAACCACCCUCAGGGCUGGAGCAGCCCUCACCAUCAUGGUCCUCCCGGGCUUCCUUCUCAUCCUUUGACACCAUGGAUGAAGGCCCUGUGUACUGUGUUCCCCACGAGGAGUCAGCGGCCGAAAGCCGGGAGCAGGAGGCCCCGGCCGCGUCCUCCUCGGCGCCCCCGACCACCCCUGCGCUCGCGGAGGAGGCGGUGGUUCUCCCGGCGUCCUCUGACAGCGAGCGGUCUGCGUCCAGCGUGGAGGGGCCCGGCGGGGCGCUGUACGCUCGCGUGGCCCGGCCGGCCCGGGCUCCCGGCGAAGCUGGGGGUGUGUCCCUGCCUCCGUCGCCUGAGCGCAGGAAGCCGCCGCCACCAGACCCUGCCACCAAGCCCAAGGUGUCCUGGAUCCACAGCAAGCCUGGAGCCACGGCCAGUGCAUCGUCACAGCCGAGCCCGGGCUCCGAAGCUGCGCCGAGCCCCAGCAAGAGGACACGGACACCCAGUGAUACGUCGUCGUCGGCGCGGCCGGACGAGCCCGGCAGUCCUCGAACCCGCGACCCUGCGCCACGGUCCCCGGGGUUGGCCGAGGAGGGACCGGCCGCGGCGCCCUCGCCCCGGGUUCGAGCGCGGAGCCGCGGCCCGGGUCUCCCGGAGUCCACGGACGCUGCGGGUCCCCCGCGCAGCGCCCCCGAGGCCGCCUCCAUGCUGGCGGCCGAGCUGCGCGGCAAGACUCGCAGCCUGGGUCGCGCCGAGGGAACCCCGGGGACGCGGGAGAAGCCGGCGCCGCCGCAGAAGGCCAAGCGCUCGGUGCUGCCCGCCUCGCCGGCACGCGUGUCCCUCCUCCCCGAGGUCCCGGAGCCCGAGAAGGUGGUGGGCGGCACCCCGGCGCCAGAGACCCCUCGGAAGAAGACCCCCAUCCAGAAGCCGCCGCGCAGGAAGAGCAAGGAGGCAGCAGGGGAGCUGGGCAGGGUGGGCGCACCCACGCUGUAACGGGAGGGGUCUGCCUCGCGGUGGCCGCAGCUACCCUGGGCUUAGCAGUGUCGCUUGACGUCCCGCGUUUCGCCCUUCCUCCUCCCACUUCGCUUUCCUCUCCCGACCUGCGGCAUUGGAGGCCUUCCGUUGGUCGAGGCGCCGAGCCCGAUUGGCUCAUGCCCCAGCAGCUGCUUCUUGGUUGGAGGAGCACGCAGGCGAGAAGUUUCUCCCGUCCUACUGGUCGGGACUUGCAGGCUGAACCCGAGACUCCGUCCCCAUGGGCCCAGUUGAAGAGCCCUUGGCCCAAUCUGCGUCUCUUUGGCCAUGGCCAGGGAGGAAGUUCUGCGUAGAGGUCACUUCUUACUGCCCAAGAGUGCGCUUACCUUGGGCUGCCUUCUCAUUGGCUUCUGCCUCAUUGGCCAAGGCCUGGUGCCUCUGGCUGGAGGCCCCUGUCCCUUGGAGGUAGCCAGAAACUACUUCCACUGACCGCCGGGCUCUCUGGUACCUGGUUGACCAGAGCCUGAGGAGGAAAGCUGGUCUCUGCUCCACAGGGCGCUCGGUGCCCCUUCGCCUGCCCCCAGUCCUUCACCUAGUCCUCUCCCCAGGGCUCCAGCCCUGGUCCCUCAGCUGUCAAGCUGGUAUUGAUGGCCCCCUACCAUCCCACAGCCGUGGGAACCCCAGGGGCAGCUCCUGUGGCCUUAUGAGAUGUAUUUAUAGCUCCCUCCUCCCACAGAGUUGCUCUCAUCCCACUUGGGGACCCCAGAAUGGGCUCCUCCCAGCAGGGUCUUGGCCAAAGCUUUCUUAAAUAAAGUGCCUUCCCCACCUGUGA